UUUUCCAUGAGGUAAAUUUAACAUGACUGAGAAGGGGUUACAUGCAUGAGAGGAUGUACUUUUGUUUUAACAGAACACCUACAUGUGUCAACAUCGUUUUGCACGUAGCGCUUUCCUUUUUCUGGCAGCUGUAACUGGUAAGGCCACUCUCCUCCUCCCAUGGAGCUGGCCUCUUUUAGUCUACUGGUUUUUUGUUUUUUUGGAACCUGAAUUCCUUCUUUGCUUGGCCAAUAAAAAGCAGGAGGGACGCUCAUUUCCAGUAGUUUCGCAUUUAGCACCCAUUUGGAAACUAUGUGGGCCCAGACCGCUGCUCUGCUGCUCGCCUGCUGCCUCUGGCCAGCUGAGGCUCAGACUGAAAGGGGUCAAAGCAUUUGGGAUCCACCUAUCAAAUUCAACACCAAGGCUAAAGACUCAUGCACCAUGAUUGUCACCGGUCAAGGGGAAUUCACGAGGCUGAGACUGUCAUGCCAGAGGAACAAGCGCUCUUACUGGUGUGACUACAUAGGCAAGCCUCAGACCUGCACCCCUUACAACAAAAAUCCUCGACACUAUUUCGUCCAGAUGAUGUGGAACCUGAGAAAGCUGGACAAUGCCUGCCAGGCACCAAGAAAGAUUAAACCUCACAUGUGCAGGAAGGCAACUGAUGACUCUCAGAUGGUCUUCUCAUCGUCUCCACUCUCCCAGUCACGAGCAGAGGCUUCUUCUAGGAAAGUAGCAAGACCUCAACGUCGGCCUAGACCAACAAGACAAGCUGAGGCAAAAUCCACUCAAGAGCCACAAAAAGAAAAGACCACUCAGGAAACUAGUACUCAACCACCACCAACAACACCUCCUGUUGAGAGCAACGCUAAAAGAAUGGCUCGGCAGAAUUGCUGGAGGUCGCUGCAGGGCAUCUGCUCGUUCUUCAUUGGUUUGUUUCGUAAUUAACCAGAAAGGUGAGCAGCAGUAUUGGGCCUGUUUGUUAACAUGC